UGGCUCCGCCCUUCCUCCCCGCGCCUUCGUCCGUUAAUUCCACGCUCUGGCCUGGCCGAUCGCCACCACCUCCGGGCACCUUUAAAGCCAACCAGAGAAGAGAAGGGCCGGAGCAACCCAAUAAGCUAGCGGGACGCCGGAGAGAGAGGGGGCCGGUGGAAGCUGCCGCGCGCGCUUCGCCCACAUCCCCCCUCCUCCUCCUCCCCACCACGCCCACGCCGUUCAUAGCUCUCUACAACAGGUAGCACGCACGUACGCCGGCGAGAGGGACGACAGAACUCGCGCGCGCGCCUAGCUCCUCGGCCGCCGGUGGUUUCGUCUCUCGUCUCGCCUGCCUGCCAUGGGAACGGAGGUCCUCCGCUCGCACGACUGCCUCUCCCGCGUCCGCCACCACGCGCGCGGCUCCAGGCGGUCGCCGCGCCCGGCUGCGAGGACGACGCGCCACGGCGCCGCUCGCCACGGACAGGCGGCGGCGGCGGCGUCGCCCGUGCCGCGCGAGGUCCGGGUCAAGGCAGCCGCGGAGGCAGCGUACGCCGGGCCGGCGUUCGGCGCCAUGUCGCCGUCCCCGCGGGCGCUGCCGCUGCCGCGCUUCAGCUUCUCCAAGCCGGCCGCCGCGGCGGCCACCGUGGACGACUCGGCCACGCGGGAGCUCCGGCGGCUGCUGGGCCUCGAGCGGCCCGAGACGAAUUGACCGCGCGCGCGCGAGCGAUCGAUCGAUCCAACAAGCAGCAGGCCACGGAUUCAGCAAACCAAGAAAAGGGUGUCAAGAUGUACGUACGUGUGGGUCUCCUCCGUCGAUUCUUUUCGGUUAAUCUCCGGCUCCGUCUCUCCGGCGACGGCGCGUUCCCGGGCAAUGUCCGCUCCGAUCGACGCACCUCCCUCAAUCGUCCUGUGUUUUUUUUGUCAAGGACGGAGGGAGCGACGGUGCGCUAGCUCCCAUUGUCUGGAACCCGUCAGCUCGCCGGAGAGGGGGCCGAACUAGAAAGGAGAGAUAAUGAUAUGGCGGGAAGAUUGGAUUUGAUUUAGAUGUGGUUAAUUGAAUCUCUGGUGUUUUCA